UUCAAAUGCACCAAGGUAUGCAGCGGUGGAAGCUUUGAGGGGUGAUAUGGGGUGGAGUACCUUUAGGGAAAGAUUUAGGAAGGCUACCCUUAGAUACAAAGUCAGAUUGGAACGAAUGGAUGACGCGAGACUGGCACGGAAGGUUUACUCGUGGAGUGUGCAUGAGAGCAAAUGGAUUAAGAACUGCAUGAGAAUGGUUGGUGACAGUGGUAUGUGAGUCAGGUGGGUGAGCAGAGAGGAAGGGAGGCGUUUCUUGGAAUGGAAGGUGAUUGACAGGAGCAGUGAGGGUCGAGAAUGGGAUGUGAGAAAGUGGAAGAAAGAGAUAGACAGUGUGGUGAAAGGCGACAGUCUGAGGAGGUGGAAGCAUGUGAUGGAGCGAAAGAGUACUUUGGAGUGGUACAGGGAAAAGGAUGCCCCGCAGUGUGUCAGCUGGUAUGAUGGAAGCCUGGGUGGUGAUCUUCUCUUCCAAGCUCGAGCGCAGUGUAUGAAUGUGAAUCCAAGAAAUUACAGGUGGUCUGAAUCCCGCAGCAAAGUGUGUCAGAUGUGUGACGGGGGUGUGGAUGAAACUGUCGCGCAUGUGAUACUGGUGUGUGGGAGGUACCGGAGAGAAAGGACGGAGAUGAUGAGGGUGGCACUGAGUGAGAUGGGCUGGGAUGUGAAUGGGAGGAUUGCAAGAACAGAGAGGGAAUGGAUGCUGCUGCUGCUGGGAUUGAGUGCUGAAGCAAAUGAGAAAAUUAUAGAAGCCAUGAAGAGUUUUCUGGAAAAGAUAUGGUGUGCAAGAAAUAGGUAAUCGGAAGUUUUGUAAUGGAUACUGCUUGUUUUGUUUUAUUUUUACAGGUUGUGCCGAUACGAAGGCCUGACUCUCCAACCUGUACAGCAAGAGCAAGAGCAAGUGAUUUGUUUCAAGGACUCCUGCGGCCUGAGCCCCCGCUGACACACUGAAGAACAGCAACAACAACCCACACCUUUGGGGUUCUAGAGGCCACUGUUCCAUGACCUGCCUAGUCCCUUAAAACGCUAACGGAGUGGAAGCAGACCAAGGACUUUCCAGACUCCAGCCAAGCCGUCACUUCCCUUCAGCACCAACAACCACAGUUUCCACUCUCCAGGCUUUCCUGACUCCGUGUCAGGCCUCGGCUUGCCGCAGGAGGAGUGCUGCCAUGGCCACGGGUGAGGUGGAAGGCUUCCCAGAAAACUUUACUGCCGACAAAGCAAAAGCUGCUUUGCAAGAGAUCCUGGCUGCCCUGACCGGGGGGGAGGUGGUGGAGGCCCUGGAGACAGCCCGGGAGGCGGCCGGCAAUGACAUGGUAGCACUCAUGACAAGAGUAUUCCCCUUGGUCACUCAGGUCACCACCAAGGUCAUCAGUAACUACGGCUUCACCCAGGAUGGAGUUGGAGCCAUCCAGUUUGAGCAUGUCAUGAAAAGUCUUGGACAAGAUGAUCCUGAGGUGGCAAGACUUCAUGCACAAGUUAGAUCCUAUUUCUUGCCAGCUGUGGUUAUACCUCCCUCUGGCCAUCCUUGAAUGUGACAAAAUUCAGUAUUUAUAGUACAUGUGUAUGUCAUUUGUGCUGUUUUUAACAAAUUAUUGCUUAAGGGAAAUAAGGUUUUCAGUAAUUGCCUUGUAAACUAGUGCUAUAUGCUACAUGUUACCCAAUUUGUUAGUUUCUGAAAAUUGGAAUAAGAUAUAAAUAACAAGAAAUACUGUUGAUAAAAUUGAUUGAAUCAG